CCCUCCAUUUUCUUGAAGCCUAGAGGCGGGCCUUCUCUCUAAAGCAUGGGGCUAGCUCCGGCAUGUCUCAUUCAUUCCAGCUCCAGCCACCACAGUGACCAGAUCCACAGGACUUCUUAAAGCUAAUACAGACUGCAAAUCUGAUAAAUACCAAAGCCUUUUUACCACUUUCAUUAUAUCUCAGUAAAGAUUACAUCAGUUAAGCAACCAGCGUGUCUUUCCUUGAGAUUCGGUAUAAACUUGAUGUGAAGCUGUGUCCACGAGACAGCGGAGACAUUAUAGUAAAAAGGCUUUUAAAACGUUAUCAGAAGCAGUUAAUCAGCUUUGAAUCGUCCGCAGCAGUAAAAAAGACUCAUAAAUCCUGUGCGCUGCAGUCUGUGUCGGAGUAAGGGCGCGAAGCACUAGAAAGUGAAACUAAUUCUCUCACGUGCUAUAUCACCGCUGUGCUGUGUCCAGUCAUCAUCAUUAUCUACGCUGCCAGCUAAAUCAAGAUGCAGAACCCAGAGAACAGCACUCUGACAGUUAACCCUCAAUGCUCCUAUAAAGAGGAAGACACCUUGCCAAGAAGUAGAUCUAGGUGCACAACAUUGUCUAGAGCGUCCAGUCAAACAAAUCUAACUUCGGUUAGCGCCGAUGCAUCAAGAUUUAAACGCCAUAGUUCUAGACACUCAAGCACCACCAGCCUGUCAUCCGCUAGCGCCAUAGCAACUAAGGCAAGAGCGAAAGCAGAGGCAGCUUGUUCAAUGGCGUCCUAUGCAAAGCAGGAAGCUGAAUUGAUGAAAGAACAAGCAAAAAGUGAAUCUGAAGCACUUAGAAGAAAAGCUGAAUUGAUGAAAGAACAAGCAAAAAGUGAAUCUGAAGCACUUAGAAGAAAAGCUGAAUUGAUGAAAGAACAAGCUGAAGCACUUAGAAGAAAAGCUGAAGUGCAAGCAUCUUUACACUUACUGCAACAGCAGAAAAACGCUGCAGCAGCCUUAGCCGAGGCAGAAGUUCUCACAAGGGCUGCCGAAGCUCAGUUCGCUGACAUAGAAACCCAGAUGUCACCCCUCAGCGCAAGCCAACGUACCCGUGAGUACAUACAGUCACAAGCAACCAUGUACACUGACCAGCAGUUCAAUGACACACCAAGGCCAUCAUUGACUCCACCAGCAAUAAGCAACUUUGAUUCUACGCAACACUGCAAGACUGAAUCAGAACCUCAGGGUAGGAAGUCAAGUGGUCGCAUCCUCAGAGACCAAUCUGCCAACCUGACAAGAGUGCAAACGGAUGCUGAUGUACUCCCUCCUCAAGCAAAUACAAGUCUGGAUUAUAGCAGAAAGACUUACAACAGAGGAGAAGAAAGCAGACUUAGUCAAGUACCUCAUCAGCCUUACCAGCCGCAGCCAUACCCUGAGUUUACACCCAGGAAGUAUUCACCAGAUGCAGCAAGAGCUACAGAGGUAGCAAGAUUCCUGAUGCGCCGUGAGAUAGUGAGCGCUGGUCUCAUGAAAUUCGACGACCGUCCAGAAAACUACUGGGCCUGGAAGUCAUCUUUCCUAAGCGGUACCCAAGACUUAGAUCUGACAGACAGAGAAAAGCUUGAUCUGCUCGUCAAAUGGCUAGGACCAGAGUCCACUGAGCAAGCCCAAAGAAUCAGAUCAGUACAUGUUCAUGAUGCAGCAGCAGAACUUGCAAUGGUGUGGAGGAGACUAGAACACUGCUAUGGGUCACCUGAAGUGAUUGAAGAUGCUCUUCUGAAGAGGAUAGAAAACUAUCCAAGAAUGACAAACAAAGACAAUCAAAAGCUGAGAGGGUUUGGGGACCUACUCUUAGAAAUAGAAGCCGCUAAGUCUAGUGGAUAUCUGCCAGGUCUCUCAUACUUAGAUACAGCACGUGGAGUUGAUCCCAUAAUCGAGAAACUUCCUUUCAACUUGCAGGAAAGGUGGGUCACUCAAGCAUCAAGAUACAAGAAAGAACAACGAGUCGCAUUUCCAUCAUUUGCCUUCCUUGCUGAAUUCAUCGUAGACCAAGCUGAAACACGCAAUGAUCCAAGCUUUGCUUUCCUGAACAAGAGAACUGCAAGCUCCCCAAAGGUAGAGCAAAAACAUCCAACGCCUUACAAAGAACGCAGAGCAACAGUUUCUGUACGGAAGACAGAAGUCUCGCCUGAGUCUGCAGUCAAUCAGGAAGACAACACAAGUAAGAAAGUUGAGGAGCCAGACAAAAUAUGUCUAAUCCACAACAAGCCUCAUCCACUAAGAAAAUGUCGCAGUUUCAGAAGUAAGACGUUAGAAGAGCGCAAAGCUUACCUUAAAGACAAUCACAUUUGUUUCAGAUGUUGCAGUUCAAUUCAGCAUCUUGCAAAAGACUGUACAAAAACAAUAAAAUGCACAGAGUGCAACAGUGACAAACACCUCUCCAGCAACUCAAGAAGAUCAUGGUGGGGAGCAAGGCGAGAGUACAACGCCAGCAGUAACCUCAAAGUGUACUGA